AUGUUCAUCCCCUGCCGUCUAACCGGAAGGCUUCGCGAGAAUCCCAUGAACCUUCUGCCAUGGAAUAACGUUGAGAAACAGCACCAUUUCCUGAAUCACACGGCGAAAGCUGCUCAUCGAGCAAAGCUUCUGGGCCAGACAGAGCCGCAGAUGAGAAUCGCUCUCUGGGUUCAAGACAUCUUCCCAGCCCUGCGGCAGGCUCUCAGCGACAGGGAGAAAAUCAUCUCCAACACCAGCCUGGCGACCGCCAUCAUGCUCGCCUCGCUUGAGAUCAUCUCCCCCACUGCGUUUGGCUACGACAUACCUUGGCAGCGGCACCUCAGCCUGGCCCGGGACCUCAUGUGGAGGCGGUUGACCGACCUGCGCAGGACGGCGCAUGGAUUGGAAGAGGACCGCGUUUGUGUCUUUCUAUGGAGCUGGUUCGCAUACCUGGACGUUCUGGGGUGUCUAAGCGGUGGAACGCCUGACGAGGAUUCGUCGAGGUUCUGGCUGCUCGAGUACACAAUGCACGACGCCGGUGAUGACCGGUAUGAGAUUGACUGCAUCAUGGGUUUCACAACCCGCUGCGUCCAGAUCCUGGCGCAAGUUGCCGAUCUGGCCCGGCGCUGCGAUGAGGAACGUCUUACCUCAAGCUAUUCUUCGCUGUCUGCCUGGACACCCAGUCCAGCUUUUGUUCAAAGGGCAAAACAGCUUGAGCAAGAGCUGUUGUACAGCAUGGCCCAGCCGUCACUUCCAUGCAAACAUAUCCACAGUGUCGAGGCAAAGGACAAGCAGGAGAUGGUCCUCAUGAACGAGGCCUUCCAUUGGGCCGGGCUUAUUCACCUGCAUAGACGCAUCCUAGGCAAGCCGUCUGGGCAUGCGGACGUUCAGGGGCAGGUACAAAGAAUCAUCGCGUGCCUAGAAUCCAUCAGACCCGGAGGGUCUGCAGAGACGGGAUUCUUGUUCCCGAUGUUCACUGCGGGCUGUAACGCCCUAGACGAAGCCCAGCGGAGCAAGAUAUUGGAGAGGUUUAGGAGAGUAGAGAGUAAUGGCAUGACCCAGGUGCAUAAGGCGAAGAAGAUGAUGGAGAAUGUGUGGGCUUCAGGUCAGGCGUGGGAGCCGCUGCUGUGUACGGAGUUCAUCGGCUGA